UUUUUUUGGGUUCCAUGCAUUUUUCUAUUGUUUAUCUGACGCCUUAUUACCUUUCAAUCAAUGGGUUAUGGCAAGAAUUUGAGUCGAAGAGUCAAGGAUGUCGAAAUUUCAGUGCCAAUUGUUUAUGGAACCAUUGCAUUUUGGCUUGGUAGGAAGGUGACUGAGUCUCAAUCGCAUAGAUGGACUAUCUAUGUUCGUGGGGGAACAAAUGAAGAUCUGAGUGUUGUAGUAAAGCGUGUUGUUUUUCAACUCCAUCCCAGUUUCAAUAAUCCUAUAAGAGUUGUUGAUUCUCCGCCUUUCGAGUUGUCUGAAUGCGGUUGGGGUGAAUUUGAAAUUGCCAUUUCACUCUACUUCCACAGUGAUGCCGGUGAUCGGAAGUUGGACGUAUUUCACCAUUUGAAGCUAUACCCUUUAGAACAGAAUGGUCCACAGUCUACCAAGAAGCCCGUUGUUAUGGAAACAUAUGAUGAAGUUGUUUUUCCUGACCCUUCGGAACAGUUUCUUGCUCGUGUACAGAAUCACCCUGCUGUUGUUGUGCCUCGGCUUCCUGCAGGUUUGGAGUUGCCAUCUUCGGAGCGCAGAGGGAGCAUGAAAGAUCACCCACUAGGCCAUUGGUUCAUGAAUUUUUCGGAAGCUGAUGAAUUGCUGAAACUUGCUGCAGCUCGUCAACAGGUAGUUGCAAUCAUCUAGUUUCCAAAUGAACUUCAAUUUUGUAGUUUUUCUUAAUGUGGGAUUGACAUUGGUAACGAUGGUAGGAAUGUGUGAAUGAUAAUCUCUAAAUUAGUGCUUGGUUAAAACUUCAUCCUUUUUUUUCAUUUGUGGGGUGGUUAGCUUGUUUUAUGGAUGCCUUUCUCUUUUAUGGUAAGAGGUGGAUUCUGCAAUCAUAUUGUUGGGUUUUGAGUUGAGCUUCUUUUUUUUUUCUUCUGGUUUCGAUACAACAUGUUGAGAAACUAUUGUUAGAAAAAAGUAAUGACAAUGUUCAAUGUUCAAAGUUCAAACAAUAAUCGUCAUAUUUUCUGCAAGGAUUGGAUUGACAAUAGGAGACUACAGGGU